GAGAAUGUGUUAACACGCUGUACUAUAUACCCUCUGAUAAAACAUGCGCUUGUUGGUGUAAAUAGAGUAGUGAAUGAUUUCGGGUGCAUGUAGGUGUGCAUAGCGAUGGAUUUAAAUACUUACAAAAUGGAUGACGGAUUUAUUAAAUAUACAUUCCAAUAUUUAUAAGUGAUUUCUGAAGAGGUGUGACAUUUACAAAUAUUUUUAAACAGACUGUUUCACUUCAGUACUUCGGUAUAUAGAUCUAAUUCUAAAAAAUAGCAAAUUAAACAUGUUUACAUUCAUGCAUCGUAAAUACUGGAUGCAAUAUUUGUGUGACCGCACAUGGUGUAGGAUUGACUGAGGGAAUUUAAAGGAAAAGUUUCAAUGUUGUUUAACCGUCUGGGUUCAAUCUUUGUUUACAUUUCGUUGGAAACCCGAAAAAUACAGGUGUGUUUUCGUGCAAAUACUUCUACAGUACAUUGGUAUACAGUACAUGUACACAGUGCAGUCGAUUGACUUGUAUUCUUCUAAGCGAACGGGAUUAUCGCCUGUUCGCUUAUCUUUUUUACAGGGCGCCGUUUGAUGUGAGACGCUGUCUUUAUAACAAUCCUGGGCGUCUUCAGGGUCGGACAUGACGUCAGAGGGAGUGUACUAAAAUGAAUUAUGGGCCGGUCCGAAAAUGGAGUUUUCCAUUUCAGGAAAAAAUCAACAUUAAAACACCAGUUGUCAGAAAAGUGUUUUUUUCGUUGUGUUCAAUAAUAGCUGUGAUAUUUUUUGUGCUAUUUUAUGGUUGCUUUUCAUCUGGAACGGCAUGUAUAAAGUCGCAAGUGGUUGUGCAAAGUCAUUAUAACUUCCAUAAACAAAAUGUCGCCGAUCAUUCCCGGAAUCUCGGAGAUAGUCCGAGUCUCGAAACGGACGAGAUUUCGAAAGUCAAUCACGGACCCAUUUUCGUAAAGGAGCUAAAUGUCUCGGUUUCGAACAUUGCCGUCAGAUCCGAAGUUUUGGAAGUCGGGGAAAAUGAAACGAUAGACGAAGACGAAGAGUUGUUUGAGGAAGAUGACAACUUGAGUUCGGGGUCAGGUAUAGACAACACAACGAUGGGAUUCGAGGAAAUCGACUGGAGUGAUUCGCGCCUGGAUUUGUUGCACAUGCGGAAGCCUGAUUUCGACCCAAGAUUCAAGAAUCCCUGUUGGUUCGAACCUCUGACUUCCUUGAACCCGUACGAGAACAACACUUUCACCACGUUUUCCCCUUCCUCGAGCAGGGCCCUAGAGACGCUGGCUAACCACUGGCGUGUCAAUGCCGACACUUACGGCGAUGCACCCACUACUGCCACAACGCGCCUCCGCUGCCUCCCGUACUUUCUGAUCAUCGGUCAACCAAAAUGCGGCAGUACGGACCUGUUUUGGAAGAUUGCAAAGCAUCCGGACAUCGUCACGCCGCCUAUAAAGGAGCUCCACUGGUGGUCCCGGAACCGCCAAGGUCGGCGUUUCAACUACAUGAAACUCAUUCCAUUCAGCGACUACAUUGACAUGUUUGACAACGCCGGUGUGCGCAUCUACGAAAAGUUGCUGGACUAUAUCGAUGACGUAGACGAUGACCAAAUAAUUACAGGGGAGGCCAGUGUGUCACUGUUUUGGGACAACGGUGAGUGGGACCGAUUCCCGGAAAACAUGGACCAAACACAGCCGAGAUUUAUCGUCCCUGACUAUAUUCAUCAUUUCAUUCCAGAUGUCAAACUUAUCCUUAUUCUUAGAAAUCCUGUUGAAAGGAUGUAUUCCGAUUAUCUCUACUUCCAUUCCACAAACAAGUCCGUGGAUGAUUUUCACGAGGCGGUGAAAGAUGCCGUGGAUUUGUACAGCAGCUGUGUUCAAACGAACUCUCCGAGACAGUGCGUGUAUGACCCAGCCUUGGGCAAUAAAGCCAGGGUGCGUUUACGGGUCGGCAUGUACUCAGUGUUUCUGCGAGACUGGUUACGGCUAUUUCCACUUAGUCAGUUCCACAUUUUACGCCUUGAAGACUAUUCAAGAGAACCAGUCAACUACGUAAAAGAAGUUUACCGCUUUCUUGGCUUGAGAGAAAUUCCGUCGGCAAGGGAGAAGCUGUUGGUGACGUCAUCGACGUCGAAUGUCAGGAAGCAGUCGGACCGGGCUCUCGGAGAUAUGUUAUCGGAGACUCGGGCGCUCCUACUGCAAUUUUACAGACCUUACAACGAGGAGCUGGCUGCCAUGUUGUCUAGCAAGCGAUACUUGUGGGCAGACAGCUGAGAGCAGUAGAGCGAGUCGGAAUCUAUAAAGAGAUUUAAGUAGUCGGAAAUCUCUAUUGACGGCAAUAGAGCCUGUUGAAUCUAAAAAUAGAGCGCAAGAUACUUUAUUAUGCGCCGGGAUCUAAAAUUGGAUGUUGCGGUCGGAAUCUAAAAAUGUCUUUUAAUUAAGAUAUUGAUACAUGUCAGCAUUCAUUAACGAGGUUUAACGUUGGAAUAAGAGUAGACAUUUUAGCAUUGAAAUCUAAUAUAAAGAAUUUUUAGGGUCGGAAUCUAAAACAAAUUUUAGGCUCCAGACUUUGACAAUAUAUUGCAAGGGUCGUGUCUCUAAGAAGAUUUUUCUAUCGAUUAUAUCUCUGUUAUCGUAACUUAUCGGAAUCUAAAGCAGAGGCUUAUCAGUGCCAACACUUUACGCUUUUAUUUUAUUUUUGGUUAAAGGAUGUCUCUUCUUAGCCUAAAUCCAGUCUAGGCGGAAAGAGUCGUCUUUGAUAUACCUGUGCGCACUGCACAGGCUGAUAUAGAGGACGCCACUUAACGCUCAUGCAAUAAAUCCUGUUUUCUCUGACCAAGACUCAUGUGUUUGCUAUAAAGGGUCUGAGUUGAGGCAAAGUUUUGGACACUGUUUUGAAAUUCAUAAAAAAUGCAAAAUAGUGACUUCAUUCAUUACCACCUAACACUUUAUACAUCGAAUACUUUUAUCUUGCAUAUAAGUUUGCUAAUCAUUUAUCUCCUGAAGAAUUCAACAUUUUUACAUGUGUUCACAGAAAAGGUAAUGAUAUGGUGUUGAUCAUUGCUAUAUUCCUAUGUGUUGAUUUAAUGUUACUGUGAUCGAAAUCGCAUUUUGGGGUUGAAGCAACCAUGACAUGUGCAAAUGCCCAAAGUAUUCAUAAAGUGACCAUCUUACUCCAUGUCGACAGUACGCAAUUGUUGAACUAAAUAGGUUUUAAAAUGGUAAAUAAAAUAUGUUCACGUUUCCGUUUUAUUUUGAUUUAUUUUUCAUAUAUAGUUAUAUGUUAUAUUAAGCACCGCAGUUUUCAUAUGAUUCGAAGUUCAACUGAAAGAUAAGUAGAAGGUAUUCCGAUAAUUAUUUUGAACAAUUGGCUGUGCUAUUUUGGAGAAACACCAUAUUUAUUUCGUUAAAAGAGAUAUUAAAUUUACGAUCUUAGAAACUCAGUAUUUUGAGCAUGCUUCAAAAUAAGCCGUUUUAUCUGUUUGUGUUAUGUUAAUUUUGUUAGCUUUCACCAUCAUUGUCAU